AUGGUCAGGGAUAGGAGCGAAGUCGAACCCUUAAUCAGAGGCUAUCCUGGCAAUGAACACAAAUCCUUUUCAACUCUGGAUGAGGCUGUCAGGCAUCUUGCCGAAAAUGGCGUCCCUGAAGACCAGCGAGCGGUUGUGACCGUCACGCAUGAAUUCCAGGGCCAGGGACAGGAUUCUUCAGCCACUGUGUGA